CUUGAUCUUGCUAUUAUAUAUAGCCCCCACCAAGAGAUCAAGAGCAACAUAACCAAAGGGAAAGAAAAAAAAAAGAUCAUCGCGAGAGAAAUGGAAUUCUAUUGCAAUGACUUCAAGGUAGGGAAAUGCCAAGGACAGAAGGUGGUGGAUGGUGAGACCAUGCCACUUGUGUUGCAACCUUCAGAACCUCACAAAGCUGGCUUAGACUCACUUCUGGAGGCUCUCGAGAGGAACAAGGACUGGUUUGAGGAAAUGAUCAUCAAAAACAGUGCUGUUCUGCUUCGAGGUUUCGAUGUGAAGAAAGCUGAGGAUUUUAAUGAUAUAGUUGAAACCUGCGGCUGGGAUGAUAUUCGUUACGUAGGGCCUGCUCCAAGGACACACAUUUAUAAACGAGUAUGGACUGCUAAUGAAGGACCACUGUCUGAGUUCAUUUACUACCACCAUGAGAUGGUUUUGAUAAAAGAAUUUCCCAAGAAGGUUGUGCUUUUCUGUCAGAUCCCACCACCAGAGGGAGGACAGACACCCUUUGUUCCUAGCUUCAAAGUUACAGAAAGGAUGCUAGAGGAGUUCCCUCAAGAAGUGGAAGAAAUUGACGCAAAAGGGCUCAAGUACACAUUCACAGCUCUUAGCAACAAUGAUACAUCAUCCAUGAGGGGCAGAGGCUGGGAGGAUGCAUUUGGAACAUCAGACCGUGCUGAGGCUGAGAGAAGGGCAAAGGCUCUAGGGAUGGAUAUGGAGUGGUUGCCCAAUGGAGGUGUGAAGACAAUUCUGGGUCCAAGGCCAUUAACAACGGUGUUCGAGGGAAGAAAAGGAAGGAGGAUGUGGUUCAACACGGUAGUUGGGAUGCAUGGAAAGGAGCUGAGCUCAGCUUUGAUGGCAGAUGGAACUGAAGUACCAGAAAAAUUUGUGAAGAGAUGUGAUCAAAUCAUUGAAGAAGAGAGCAUCCAAUUCAAGUGGGAAGCAGGUGAUGUCCUUUUUCUUGAUAAUUAUGCUUUGCUUCAUGGAAGAAGGCCUUCUUUGCCUCCCAGAAAAGUCCUUGUUGCCACAUGCAAGUAGUAGAGCUUCAAUUUGGCUGCCACAACCAGAGAUGUGCUAAACCUCAUGUCUAUGUACACUUAAUUGGAAAGAAUAAAAUGUGGGAGUGAAUAAAAUGUAAAGAAAUUGUACCCACUGGGUUAGCCGAGUGCUAAAUGCAUCUUUUAUUCAAUUUGGACAAAA